AUGGGCGUAAAAGAUUUAUGGAACCUGCUAACUCCGCACAUGGAGCGAAAGCCACUGUUCGAGCUGAGCAAUAAGGUGGUUGCGAUCGAUCUUUCCGGAUGGGUGUGCGAAAGCUUGAACGUUGUUGACUAUUUUGUGCAUCCACGGUUUUAUCUUCGGAACUUAUUCUUUCGCACAUGCUAUCUACUGCAAACUGGCAUCACCCCUGUUUUCGUGCUGGAAGGUACCGCACCACCGUUAAAGUACGGAGUGAUCGUAAAGCGCAAUCAGAUGCAGUUUCGAGGCGCUCGUCCAAAAAAGAUUACCAACUGUGAUAAAGCAUCGGCUUCCAGUCAGGCUACUGCUACGGAAAAGCCCGGUAAACCACCGGUGGAACAGAAACGGAACCGAUUUCACUACGUCCUGAAACAAUGCGAGGAACUGCUGAGUGCGAUGGGCCUAGUAUGCGUGCAAGCUCCGGGAGAAGCGGAAGCUCUCUGCGCCUACCUUAAUCGUGACAAUCUCAUCCACGGUGUGAUUAGUCAAGAUUCGGAUUGUUUCGCUUACGGUGCGGUACGAGUGUUUCGCAACUUUUGCGCCUCCCAGAGCGGUGGUUCAGUGGAGAUUUACGAUUUGAGUCGACUCAACGGUCCCAACGGGCUUCGUUUGGGUCAGGAAAAGAUCGUUGCGAUGGCACUAUUGUCCGGGUGCGAUUACUGUCCGGCCGGUGUGGUGGGUGUGGGCAGAGAAAUGGUUACACGAUUCAUAUCCUGUUACAAUGAUGGCGAAAUUUUGUCCAGGAUACGUUCCUGGCGCAAAACAGCCGAUCGGCUGACGGAGCUAGAAAUACGAGCAGAGGACAAAAACAUUUGCACCGACUGUGGACACGUGGGCAGGCAGCUGCAGCACCGUAAAGCUGGCUGCUUGGAUUGUCGCAUCAAGCCAGGAUGUAAUGAGUCGCGCUGGAAGGAGCAACGAUGUAAUAUUAAAACCGAGCUGGAUAUUAAACGGAAAGCGCUGAAAGAUCCGGACUUUCCGCACGAACCGAUAAUAAACGAGUUUCUGACCAGACCUUGCGAAUUGCCAGCGCUAGAUUUAUCAUGGCGGCAGCCAAAUUUGGUAAAGUUUAUUAACAGCUUGUCCACCUAUCUACAGUGGAAUGAGCUAUACUGCUUUCAAAAGCUGCUUCCACUGUUCACACGCUGGCAAGUGUAUGAAAAGAAGCAUCCGACGGCCAAACGUUCCAACGUGUACCUCGAACCGGAUUUCAUCAAGAAAAAACGUUCUCCGAAAGGUAUCGCUAGCUAUGAAAUUGUGUGGAAAGAUGCACAAAACAUGUUUGGUGGACUAAUUCCCCAGGAACAAAUUGAUUGCUAUCUGGUCGAAGCGGGCAAUACGCUGGAGAGCUUGUGGAGCACGAUCGAACCGCACGACCUGGUGCAGGAAGCGUAUCCGGAAUUGGUGGAAGCGUUUGUAGCAACCAAAACGAAAGCAAGUAGGAAGAAAAAGGCGACCACCAACACUGAUGGGCCACAAGAGAAGCCAAAAAGGAAGCCAGCUGUAAGAAAAGUUAAAGGUCACGUCCCAUUAAAGGAUUUCCUUGCCAAAGCGAACAGCAAGAAGAGAACCACAGCGGAUGUGGUGGUACUAAAUGGUGGAAGCGAUUGUGAAAAUCAACCCAAUCUCCUGAAUCAAUCAUCAGAGGAAGAAAUGGAUCCGGUUGACCAUUUCCUAAACUUUACCGCCGAACUGGAAGCCAUCGCAGAGGAUCGUACUGCCAACGAUACCUUCAAUUCGUCCGCCGUGCUUGAUCGACUGUGCCGUACGAACUAUCUAGAGCAAGCUCUGGCUGAGUACAUGCAAAUAAUCGAAACGGAAAAAAGAAGUACAGCGUUGCAGGACCUACUGUCACAAAGUGUGGCACUGUUACCGUCAAUGGAACCAACCGUGAACUCGCCAGAUGAUGAUGAUAAUGACGUGCAGCGCCGAAUUGUUCUGAAACGAGACAUACUCAAUGCAUCCGUAGGUGGUACUGGCCAACUAAAUCAAUCCAUUAGUCAGCUGACGUGUAAAAAGAAGCGUAUGAGUUUCUUCUUCGAACCGCUGGAUAUUCCACCACCAGACCAGCAAGACUAUGAUCUCGAAACGGAGCAGAUGGAUAUGUUCGAGUGUUCGCUAAUGCUUAAGGAUCAAGUUGUGGUCGUUCCGUGCGAUCAAGGUGAUGCUAGUGAUAUCAACCAAACGAUCAUAUACGAUAUCGAUUUUUAG